UUUACGAGUGGUUUUUAAUUAAUAGAAGGAAUCAUGUCUACACCACCUAAUAACACACAAGGAUCGACUGAUCCAGCACAACCACCCACAGGGGCUUCACCUUCGCCAGCAGACAUUGACAAAAUGGUCGCGUCAUAUCUUCAAAAGAAGGGAUACAAAGCAACAGAAGCUAUAUUUGCACGCGAGUCAAAGGGUGACGCUGUAUCCCUUGAGGAUGUUGGCGAAGGUACAAACAAGAAGGAAAAGGAUAAACCUGAGAAUACAGACGAACCCCUGAAAAAUAGUACGGCAGAAUCAGCUGUAGAACCACCAGCAGCAACAGUCGAAACCGAGAAAAGAGCAACAGCCAUCGGAGAGUCCACUUCAGGCGAUCCCGAUUCAUAUCAUGUCAGUUAUAAAUGUCUGCGACAAUGGAUUGAGAAUUCAUUAGAUUGGUACAAGCCCGAGUUACGGUCAGUUUUGUUUCCUAUAUUUGUUCAUUCAUACCUUGAUUUAGUCGGAAAGAAUAUACCUGAGAAAGCAAAACAAUUUAUGGAUGUUUAUAGACUGGACCAUGUUGAAUUACACACACCCGACCUGAACACACUUCAAACCGUAACUGAACCUCAACAUAUUCGCGAAAACGAACUAGCACAAAUGUAUCGAAACAACAAGUAUAAUCUGCGUAUGUCUAGUGUACCAUUCGAAUUAAUUAUCAACUAUUUGCAAGACAACAAAUUCAUGUCGUUGCUGAGAAUUGUGAAUCAAUAUCUGAAUAUUCAAGUGGUUCAUGGAAAGUUAUUAAAAUCCGCAGGCGGAUUGGAGAUGGAUGAUGUUGGAAUUACAGGACAUCAAACACAACAAAUCGAAGAGUUUAACAAACAAAGUGUGCAACUAGGCCUUAUUCAACUGGAUCAAGCAUUUAAGGAUGAGGUGGAACAGGCAAUUAAAGAUAUGGAGUCGAGUAAAAAAGACGAGAAUGAACAGACACCUGUAAACGAUCAAUCCCCUUUAAUCGAAACCUUUAAAAAGGUUGUUCAGGAAAACACCUCAGAUGGCCCUGCCUUUGGUGAUAUACCCCUUCCUCCAUAUAGGGGAACGGAUAUUACGGCAGAAAUCGAAUCCUUGAAUAAUCUGAACCAUCGUAUGCCAUUAAAUGAUGGGUCUUUACCCAGCAUAUGUUGCUACACAUUUCAUAAUACACAUGACAGUCUCAACUGUGUCACCACUUCAAAGGAUGCAACUCUUAUUGCAGGUGGUUUUUCUGAAUCCUUUAUUAAAAUUUGGAGUUUAAAGGGGGAGAAGUUGAAAUCACUUCGAAACACAAUUAACCCUGCUCAUGUCAAUGAUUACAACGAUUUAAAUCGUCAGAGAGAAAGGCAUGGAUCAGAGUAUAAGAGAUUAGUGGGACAUUCGGGACCUGUUUACGGUUUAAGUUUUAGUCACGAUAACAAGUACUUGGUAUCUUGCUCUGAAGACAAAACUGCAAGAUUAUGGAGUACACAGACAUUUUCAAAUUUAGUUGUAUAUAAGGGACAUAACAGUCCUGUGUGGGAUGUAGAUUUUGGUCCUUUUGGUUUUUAUUUCGCUACAGCCUCUCAUGAUCGUACUGCACGUAUUUGGAGUUGUGAUCAUAUCAAUCCACUAAGAAUCUUUGCCGGUCAUUUAUCUGAUGUCGAUACUGUCAAAUUCCACCCUAAUUCGAAAUAUCUGGUGACUGGCUCAAGUGAUCGUACAUCGCGUUUAUGGGACGUACAAACCGGCGCAUGUGUGCGUGUGUUUGCAGGUCACAAUGGAUCCAUUAAAACGGUUGCAGUCUCUCCUAACGGCCGUAUUAUGGCAUCUGCGGGUGAAGAUAAAUCGAUCAUGCUCUGGGAUUUAGGGUCUGGUAAACGAAUUAAAAAAAUGACAGGUCAUACAGGGUUUAUCUAUUCCCUUAGUUUUAGUGCGGAUAAUAACGUAUUGGUGUCGGGCGGUGCGGAUAGUACCGUGCGUGUAUGGGAUGUGAAUACCGACCAAACCUCAGCCACAGCUACUUACAUGGAUGAUAUCAAUGCACCAAAACGAUUUAAAAUAGACGAAGAUAGAAAGCGUAAAAGUGUUCUUGAAAGCCGUGAACAACUUGCUGUAUUCCCCACUAAACAAACACCUAUUUAUGAUAUCCAAUUUACAAACCGUAACUUGUGUCUUGUAGCAGGUGCAUUUACUCCACAAAAAGCCAUCGAACAUUAAAUAAUAAAAAAUGCAUGCACUUGUUUUUAAUAU